AGUUUCACAUCGAGAUGAUAAGAUUCUCUGAAAACCUCAAUAUGUCGGACUGGAUUAUGGAAUAAUACGUGAUUACAAUGGGCCUAGCAGUAAACUGUAAAUAUUUAAAUUCAGAAAAGGUGUGUAAUUAUGUCCUAUUAUGUCCCCGAACAAACACACACAUCUUUGUGUGUGUGUGUGUGUGAUAUAUAAAAAUCAAACUUCCUCAUCUUUUGGUUUAAAUACUGCUGUUGACAACAAGCUCAUUUCUGAUCUUUGUCACUGCUCUCAAACAUCUGAAGAAGCUCACAAAAAGACAACCAUAUUCUCAGUUCAUCUGUGGGAUUUGACUGAAUCAAGAUGCUGCUGAUCACUGAAUGUCUUUUUCUCAUUUUAGCUGCUCUAGGACAGGAUCACAGAGCUGUUGGUGCUGCUGAAGAAAAAAGAUAUCCACUGGAUAUGGCACUGAAUUCAGUUGAUGAUCGAUAUGAGGGCUGUACAAACAAAAUGGCAGAUGUGGUGAAGAAUUUCUAUCUAGACAAGGAAAGAAAAUCUGAAAUAUAUAACAAGGCUUGGCAAGAAGGUGAAAAGCAUGCCAAGAAACCAGAGGAUAACUUGAAAAGGAAUCAUUCAAUUGCCAUUUAUGUGUACUCCGAUAGUAAAGUCUUUAGUGACUUCAAUAAUGACGCUCGUUCUGGUAAAAAAAAUUACGAAAACAAGACAUACAAAUGGUAUUCACUUCACUUUUUGUUAACAGAUGCAAUACAGAUUCUUAAGAAACAAAACAAAUGCUUUAAGACUUAUCGUGGUACAAAAGUUAAAUUUAACGAGGAUGUUAAGAACAAAGAGGUUCGUUUUGGCUCAUUUACAUCAUCGUCUCUUAAUCCUGACAGAGCUAAAUUUUUUGGAAAUGUAUCUUGUUUUGAAAUCUACACGUGUGAAGGUGCAGAUGUGUCAAAAUAUUCUAAGCUUCCUCAUGAGAAAGAGGUGCUGAUUCCUCCAUAUGAGACGUUUAAAGUCACUGAUGUCAAAACAAAAGAAAAGCAGAAAGAUCUCUGGUGUGACACUGUGUUCACUUUGACAAGUUCUGGUAAGAGAAGUGACCUGAACUGUGCUCUGUUCAAGAAUCUAGCCAGGACCUUAAAAAAUACUCCAAAGUGUAUGCUGAGUCAUUUGAAUUUACAUGAGUUACAUGAGUACAAGAAUCAUGUAUUUACUUAACUACACAUAAUUCGUAGUUUCAUACCUCUUGGUUAAGCUCAAUAAUUCUAUCAAUUUUAAAUAAUGAAAUAAAGUUUUUUUUUUUUAAUUGACCCUA